UCUACCUCAAUCCCUUUCAUUCAGCUGCGGGAUAGCAGCAGAUAUCUCCGACACACGAAGCUGGUUUUGUGCUAUGGGUACUCAGUCCUAACCCCCACUCGACUCUCCAGCGACGGAUGAUCACCGCCCCUGAAGCGGACAGUCUUAUGCGGUGAUCUGUCCCCUGCUAAACUCCCAGAAUCCCAUAGUAAGCUUGCUCGGGUGGAGAUGGAUGACUCGUACCAGGACAGGACGUUGGUGAAGGGGGCGAAGGACAUGGCCCGCGAGGCCAAGCGGCAGGCGGUGAAGAAGGUGGGCCGGGCGGUGGACCGCGCUUCGGACGAGUACACGCAGCGCUCCUACAGCCGCUUCCAGGACGAGGAGGAGGAGGACUACCGCCCAGGGGCCGCCAACGACGAUGAGGGCUCCAGCGAUGCCACAGAGGGCCACGACGACGAGGACGAGAUCUACGAGGGGGAGUACCAGGGCAUCCCGGGGGACGGGGCCCUGCGCAUGGGGCCGCCGGUGUCAGACGGGCUGAAGGACCGGCGGGAGCUGGACACGGAGCGGCAGGCUGAUGAGGAGGAGCUGGCGCAGCAGUACGAGCUCAUCAUACAGGAGUGUGGGCACGGCCGCUUCCAGUGGCAGCUGUUCCUGGUGCUGGGCCUGGCCCUCAUGUCCGACGGCGUGGAGGUCUUCGUGGUGGGCUUCGUUCUUCCCAGCGCCGAGACCGACAUGUGUGUGCCCAACUCCCGCUCCGGUUGGCUAGGUAGCAUCGUGUACCUGGGGAUGAUGCUGGGGGCGUUUUUCUGGGGGGGCAUGUCGGAUAAGGUGGGGCGAAGGCAGUGCCUGCUCAUCAGCAUGUCGGUGAACGGAUUCUUCGCCUUCCUGUCCUCCUUCGUCCAGGGAUACGGCCUCUUCCUGCUCUGCCGCCUCAUUGCCGGUUUCGGGAUCGGAGGAGCUGUGCCCAUCGUGUUCUCCUUCUUCGCUGAGACGCUGGCACGGGAGAAGAGAGGGGAGCACCUGAGCUGGCUCUGCAUGUUCUGGAUGAUCGGAGGGAUCUACGCGUCUGCCAUGGCCUGGGCCAUCAUCCCACACUACGGCUGGAGCUUCAGCAUGGGCUCUGCGUACCAGUUCCACAGCUGGAGGGUGUUCGUGGUGGUCUGCGCUCUGCCCUGCGUCUGCGCAGUUGUGGCCCUCACCUUCAUCCCGGAGAGCCCCCGCUUCUACCUGGAGGUGGGGAAGCACGACGAGGCGUGGAUGAUCCUGAAGCAGAUCCACGACACCAACAUGCGCGCGCGUGGGCAGCCCGAGAAAGUCUUCACCGUGAACAGGAUCAAGAUUCCGAAGCAGAUAGACGAGCUGGUGGAGAUGCAGUCGGAGUCGGGGAACCCCUUCUCCAAAGCGCUGUUCCGGAUGAAGACGGAGCUCCACGGGAUUUGGUUGACCUUUCUGAAAUGCUUCAACUACCCAGUGAAAGACAACACAAUUAAACUGGCUAUUGUGUGGUUUACAUUGUCUUUUGGGUUCUACGGCCUGUCCGUCUGGUUCCCCGAUGUUAUCAAACACCUGCAGGCGGACGAGUAUGCUUCCAAAGUGAAGACUCACAGUGACGAGCGCAUCGAGGACAUCACUUUCAACUUCACCCUGGAGAACCAGAUCCACACCAACGGGCUGUUCGUCAACGACAGGUUCAUCAACAUGAAGUUCAAGUCAGUCACCUUCAUCGACUCCACUUUCCGGAACUGCUACUUUGAUGAUGUGACGUCUGUGGGCUCAUUUUUCCGGAACUGUACGUUCAUCGAAGCGUUUUUCUUCAACACUGAUAUCGACGACUCCAAGCUCAUAGACACCGAGGUGAUAAACAGCACGUUUCACCACAACAAGACCGGCUGCCAGAUGACGUUUGACGAUGACUACAGUGCCUACUGGGUCUAUUUUGUCAACUUCCUGGGAACGUUGGCGGUGUUGCCUGGGAAUAUUGUGUCUGCACUUCUCAUGGAUAAAAUAGGACGCCUGUCGAUGUUGGGUGGUUCCAUGAUCCUGUCUGGGAUCAGCUGCUUCUUCCUGUGGUUCGGCACCAGUGAGGCCAUGAUGAUCGGAAUGCUGUGCCUGUAUAAUGGCCUGAGCAUCUCCGCAUGGAAUUCCCUGGAUGUGGUCACCGUGGAGCUGUACCCCACCGACAGGAGGGGCACGGGCUUCGGGUUCUGUAAUGCUCUGUGCAAGCUGGCAGCCGUGCUGGGGAACCUGAUCUUUGGGUCGCUGGUGGGCAUCACCAAAGCCAUCCCCAUCCUGUUGGCCUCGUCCGUGCUGGUGUGUGGGGGUCUGGUGGGGCUGCGGCUCCCCGACACGCGAUCCAACGUCCUCAUGUAGCGCCAAAGCCAACGUCCUCAUGUUCCGCCAACAUCCUCAUGUACAGCCAACAUCCUCAUGUAACACCAACAUCCACAUGUACAGCCAACGUCCUCAUGUAACGCCAACAUCCACAUGUAGAGGCAACAAACUCCCAGCGUCCUCAUGUACCGCCAAUGCCAACGUCCUCAUGUAGCGCCAAUGUCCUAAGGUAGCGUCAACGUCCUCAUGUAGAGCCAACGCCCGCAUUUAGUCCCAAUGACCUCCAAUUUCUUCAUGUAGAGCCAAUGUCAGCAUGUAACGCUAUUGUCCUCAUUUAACGGCAACAUCCUGAUGUUCAGCCAACAUUGUCAUUUACCGCCAAGAAACUCUAAUAUCCUCAUGUGCCGCCAAUGCCAAUGUCCUAAUGUAGCGACAACGUCUUCAUGUAGAGCCAACGUCCUCAUGAACGGCCAACAUCCUCAUGUAAAACCAAUGCCCUCAUGUAGAGCCAACAUUCUCAUGUAAUGCCUACAAACUCCCAACAUCCUCAUAUACCACCAAUGCCAACAUCCUCAUGUAGCGCCAACGUCCUCAUGAACGGCCAACAUCCCCAUGUAAAACCAACAUCCUCACGUACCGUCAACGUCCCCAUGUAGAACCCACAUCCUCAUGAACCGUCAGCAUCCCCAUGUAGAACCAACAUCCUCACGUACCGUCAACUUCCCCAUGUAGAACCAACAUCCUCAUGUAGAGCCAAUGUCCUCAUGAACCGCCAAUGUCCUCAUGUAGCGCCAACGUCCUCAUGUAACGCCAAUGUCCUCAUGUCCUGCCUCAAUACGAUCCCGUGCUGAGUUGCAGUAAUGGCACAGGGCUCAGAUAGAGAUACUCUAUAUCACAGCUUUGACACAGAUACUCCAUUUCACAGAGCGAGACAGCGAUACUCUAUUUCACACUUAUUCACAGAGAUACUCUAUUUCACAGCUUAGACCAUAGAGACAUCCUGUAUUUCACAUGUCCUGGGCCCAGGAAUAAUCUAAUCACAUACUUUUGUCCUGGGCCUUCUGGAAAUUUUACACAGUAGCAUCAACUCUCCUCAUAAUGUCCCUCUUCAGUGUAUGCUGCUGUGGUGCUGUGAUAACAUUUUAAGGCUUGAUGGAUCUAUGGGGCUAACAGGUUCUUUAGCAUAUUUUUAUGAUUUCACAUUGACAAUACCAUCAGCUUGCUCAAGAGAAGGAGCUUCAACUGUAAUUUUCAUUCUUACUCUGGAUUUACAUAGUAACCAGAUGCACAUUAGCACCAUUUCCUUGGAACAAGGAUAGAAGACAUGAAACUGGAUAAUGGCCUGGUUGCGUUAGGUGUGGUGCUGUAAGUGGAUGUGUGUGAAACACUGGUGCAGAUGACACUUUUCUCUGAGAUGUAUCCGCAGAAUCUGUUGUUCAGAGAGCUGGAAUUAUGAAAUCAAAUAUGCACUACUGUAAAGCUCAGCUAUCACUAUGACUACUGAUUAAUUGACAAUAAUGAUGUUCCAGCGCUCAAACUUCUGGAUUGCCUCAGUGUUGAGGCUCCUCUCCCCUUUAAGUAUCAGUAAAAUCUCACCAGUUUCUCACUGGAAAUUUAACGACUGCAUUUGCUGUUAAAAACAGACAUUAGCGUUCAUUUGCCUUUUUUAAAUGGCAGCCUGUUGGAGUUUGUGCAUCUGCAGUCAUGAGCUCAGGCCUUCUGUGAUUUCUCAUCAUUUUGGCCCCUUAGAGUCAGUGCUGUGGAUCUUCUAAUCCAAGAAUAAGAAGGCCCUAUAAAAAAAUCUGUAACUACUGUCAUUUUACACAUAAUGCAUACAUUCAGUGUAGUGUGUAUACCUGCAUUAAGGUGCAGAUUUCAUUAUCAGAAAAAAAAAAACUGUUUACAUUUUCUGCUUUGUUAGACUGGAGUCAACAAGAUGCAAAAGAUUAUGCAGUAAACUGUUUAGUUUGGUCCCUCUGUUAUACAGUUAAGCUCUAAAUGAAGGGCUUUGUUUUGUGUUGCAUUUUUAUUUGCUGUUCCAGAGAAGAUGCUGGAAAGCCUUUGAGUUGUUUGUGGCAGUGACGAUAUGCCCAUGCUGUACAUUUUGAAAACUCUGAAUGGCCUUUAAAUGUCGUGCCUCUCCUUCCAGGAGUGUGACCAUCCGAGUCAGCAGUAUGCUCUUGUACUCACGUCAGUGGCUAUGGGGAAAAGUUAAUGCCAAUGUUCAUUAAGAUUUUUUCCAGCAUUUAAAUACAACAAGCAACUUUAUAGAUUCUUACAGUAUAUCUAAAUAAAAGAAGUAGAUCAACCAGUGGGGUUUUGAAAUAGUCAGAGGAUUCCUAAUGUUUUGUGUUGCCAAUGAAAAAAAAACCUUUAAUCGCAAAUGAACAAGGAUUGUUAUGUUUUAAGUAAUGCAGGAAGGUCAUUUCUGGUUCACCUUGCUGGAAUUGUUGCUAAAACAAAUUUUAUCAGUGUGCUUUUACCUGACUUCAUGUCAGUUUUAAAAAGAGGAGAUGGUAUACAGAUCUGACCCGUUUGAGUAUGAAUGGCAUUGAUGAAUUCUGAUGGUAAAUCUCCAUGGUGACUUCUCUGGUUGUGCAUGACAGCUCAUUGGACAGCUCAAUGGCCAUUCAAAAAUAAAUAAUUUUACACUGAAAUCCAUAUCAGAGUGCGUUUCUGUUCCAGCUUCAGAUGAAGACCUCUGCCUUCACGUUUUUCAUUCCUUGUUUUGCUGUCUGGUGCAUUGCCUGUCCGUACAACACAUUCAUAACGUCUCUGUCCUCUUGUGUGCCUGUAGUUUCUGUAACAAUUUAUAAAUAGUAUAAUAUAAGAACUCAUAGAAGUGCCAUCAACAUGACACAGAGAGAGGGCCAUUCACCUCCCAAUUUCCAGUAAGGUAUAUAAUACAAAAUAUGUGUUCAUAUUUCAGUCAUUGUGAAGUAUGUUGAUUGUUGUUAUCGGUUGCUUGAUUUAAUGUGUGCAAAUCUGCAACAGCCAUAUGUUCGUUAAAAUAAUGAUUUCAAAAACUAUUAAAACUUGCUUACCAGUGACAAAUAAGCCAUACAAUUAGGCCAGAGUUAUACCAAAGUUACUUUCUGCUGCUACAUUUCAGUAAUGCCAUGAAGUCUAUGAAUUGCUGUUUAAUGAAUUGGAAAGAAUACAUCUGUACUGUAUAAUUCUGGUUAUAGACCAGCUCUAAAUCUUGGCCCCUAGAUAGAUAGCAUUUUAACACGGCUUUUGCUUUUAACUGGAGAAUGUUGAUUUUUCUUUUCUUCCAUUUGUGUACAGAAUGCCUGUGCAAUUGUGUGUAUGUAUGUAAAUACUGUAUAUAUUGAUACUAUAGUUGCUUUCUGGGGCUGAUAUUUUCAUGUUUUGAUUUAUUGACGUGUUCAUGGACUUGGGACAGCUUUUGGAACUCCAGAUGCUGCAAGCUUCUUUACCAACCUCCACACCAUGCCGUAUCCUAGUCUAACAAAACCUGCAUGUGUGUGUUGAACUAUCUUUUAUUUGUGUUCAAAUUUGUGUUCUCGUAUUCUUCUGGAAGAAGAACAAAAAUGUUGAUUUGGAAAAUGUGAAUGUAUCAUUCUUGUAAGGUAUCAGGUUUUUUUUGGCCAUUUUGUUGAAAUGAACAAAAACAACGUGUGUGCUCAGAUGUGUCUAUGAUCGUGAAGGGCAUGCAAACUGUGAGACGACUGUGUGUAUGAAAUAUGUCCUGUACAAAAUGUGAAGGUGUGUGUCAGAGUAUUUGCCAAAUAGCUAUCCUUAAUAUUUUAAAAAGGGAAGGCAAAAGAUGCAAAGUCAACAGAGGUGGUCCACACCUAAUAAAUAAAGAUAUGUUCUCUAUAAUAACAA